AUGAUGUCCAGAAGCCAGUCGAGUCUGGGAUACUUGGAUGCUGCCCAAGAUCCCUCGGCGCAAGGCAUCUCUCCGUCUUUCCAGGGGCAGUCAUCCUCGGGCCCGAUCAACCUGUCUGGCCUGGUGUGCAAUGUGCGCCGAACCACCGGCAAAGAGCCUCACCCCCUGGUGGGCGCGACCACAACUAUCUUGGGCGACAAAUUAUACGUUUUUGGAGGCCGCAUUCUCUCCCGCAGUCGCCCACAGCUGACAUCCGAUCUGUACGAGCUGGACUUGAUUCGACGACACUGGACCAAGAUCGAGCCGGCUGGCGAUGUCCCUCCGCCGCGGUAUUUUCAUAGUGUAUGUGCGCUAGGUGAUAAUAAGCUGGUCUGCUAUGGAGGCAUGUCGCCUGCACCGAGCACGCCCAAGGAUCCCUCCAAUCCCGGCGCGUCUGGAUCGGAAUUCCAGUCAGAGGUGGUGGUCAUGUCGGAUAUUCAUAUCUUCGACGUCCCCUCUCGGACAUGGACUCGAGUCGCAGCUCACGAGUCGCCGCAAGGACGAUAUGCACACUGCGCUACGAUCCUUCCCUCCAGUGCCUCGUUUACCUCAGCUAGUGCGCCACUGUCAGCCAUCCACCACAAUCCAGAGUCCACUACGCCGCAUCAAGGCAGUAUUGGAGUCGAUAUUGAUGGGUUCGGCGGAGCGGAGAUGGUAGUUGUUGGUGGCCAAGACAGUUCCAACCAUUAUAUCGAGCAGAUCAGCGUCUUUAAUCUCCGCAGUCUCAAAUGGACUAAUACCAGUCCACUAGGACGCAGCUGUGGCGCAUAUCGUAGCGUGGUUGCGCCCUUAGUUGGCAUGGACGUCUCGGAGGUAGGCUCGGCCGCGCCCGACCGUGAGACUCACGAGCCGAUCGAGGAAAUUGAGUCGCCUGGCUGUCCUAUGCUGAUCUACUCCAACUACAACUUCCUGGAUGUCAAAUUGGAGCUGCAGGUGCGCUUGCCGGACGGGCGCCUUGUUGAGCGACCGAUGCAGAGCCAAGCGUCUCCACCCGGGCUGCGUUUCCCCAAUGGUGGCAUCAUUAACGGCCACUUUGUGGUAAGCGGAACCUACCUGACAUCCUCCAAGCAGGAGUACGCGCUCUGGGCUUUGGAUCUCAAGACUUUGACCUGGGGACGCAUCGAUGCUGGUGGGUCGGUGUUUGGCCAUGGUAGCUGGAAUCGCGGUAUCCUCUGGCCACGCCGCAGUGCAUUUGUCAUUCUUGGACACCGGAAACGAAGCCUGGUCGAUGACUAUAAUCACCGGCGAAUCAACUUCUCGCACAUUUGCUUGGUCGAACUCGAGGCCUUUGGGCUUUACAACAAUCCAUCACGGACUGCUUCUACAUCAGGAUAUAAAUCAUACAGUUCCCCCUCAGUCCCUGCAUCUUUACAACAGAAACUGUCCCAAUUGACGACUAGUGGCCGGCCUCUGUCCGCAACGUCGGAUGAAUUAGGCAAGCUGGCACUGUCAUUGCAUGAGAUGUCGGACAUGGAGUUGCAGGCCGUGGGUGGAGAACGGAUCCCUGUGAAUUCCCGUGUCCUUGCUCGCCGUUGGGGUCCAUACUUUAUACAACUUCUUCGCGAGUCUUCUGAUGGCGGUGUUGCGGACGCCGCCACCCUGCGUCCGGCUCUAAUGCAUCCUAGUCGAAACUCAAGCAUCACCAUUACCCCUUCGGUUGGACACAACAGCACUUACUCCAAUGCGACAACGUUGGUCAACCCUGCCGUCCCCUCUAAAGCACUUCUUGAGAACUUGGAGACUCCCUCUGCCCAUAGCCUCGCGCCAACAUCGCGGCCGCGUGUGCUCUACCUUCCCCACACUAUCCUUACCGUCCAAGUGCUCGUCCAGUACCUCUAUACCUCAGCCCUCCCUCCCCCUGGAUCCUCCCUAUGCACUCCCCAGAUCCUCUGCUCCCUCCUCCAACUCGCUCGCCCCUACCAGAUAGACGGUCUCUUGGAAGCGACCGUGGAACGUCUGCAUCAAGUCCUUGACGGACGCAACGCCGCAGCUGUCUUCAACGCUGCCGCCAUGGCCGCAGGUGGAGGUCGCGGUACUGGCUUCACUGGCGGUCUAGGUGGUACUCUGGAAGCCCUCAAUGGAGCUCACAGCACCCGCAACGGCACCCUCCCUGGCAUGUCAGAGGGUGGAACGAACUCCCAACAGAGCGUACUCCUAGCCUCCGACUCCUCGGAUACAGAGCACGGCGGCAUCGCUGCCCCAUCAGCUUCCAGCAGCGCCAAUGACCUGACAAAUCCCAACCGCGGUUUGCCAGCGCUACGCAUCGACACGAACCUGUCGCAGUCGCGCAAUCGUCAGCGCGGCAACCGCGAUCGCGAAGACUCUAUCAGCAACCCCAGCACGGCGACGUCUGCGUCCAGCGCCAGCUUUAGUCAAUCCGACUCGGAGUUUGUCAGUGACAGCGAGAGCCGAUCAGCGUCCCGCACACACCACCGCCGCGACACGGAUGCCGAGCUCCGCCCACAGCGUGAGAUUUGGACCGGCGAUUUGAGCAGCGUUAUCGGUUUACAGAAGCGGGGACUGCGCGGAUUGAUGGAGGGGAGGAGGAUGCGUGAGCGUAGCGUGAAGCCGCCCAGCGUCAGCAGUGGUUCGACAUCCGUACCUCCGUCGGCGGGGUCAGAUCACCAUCUGCCUAUGCAAGGAGUGACGGGCUGA